AUGUGGGCUGAUUACCCGGGAUUUGGGGCAGGUAACCUGGGAUGUGGAGCUGGUAACCCGGGAUUUGGGGCAGCUGAUUACCCUUCGGGAUUUGGGGCAGGUAACCUGGGAUGUGGAGCUGGUAACCCGGGAUUGGGGCAGGUAACCUGGGGAUGUGGAGCUGGUAACCCGGGAUUGGGGGCAGGUAACCUGGGGAUGUGGAGCUGGUAA